AUGGGCUUUCAUAAGUUGAAUGAGAUCAGGGAGUAUGCUGAAAAACUGAACUGCGAGAAACGUGAGUGGUGCAAGGCCCGAAUCAUUCCUUUAAAUGGAAGUGAUAAUUCGGUUGCUGUGCAAAUGGCUAGGGAUAUGAUUCUCAUAGCAUCAUCAAAGCCUUUGGAAAUAGUAAAUUUUGUGGCAAUCGCAAAACAAACCCCAAAAAACCAUGAGCUGCUCCGGGUUUUUAACUGUUUGAAAACAAGGAAGUUUCCUGUUAUCAUAGUCGAGCCGCCUGCGCAAGAUAAUAUAUUUGUUUCUGUCGAGGCACUUGUUGAUUCCGCACAAGUUAUUGGUCAAGGAAAGCUUACAAUCAUAAGGCCACAAAGUUCAGCUUUUGAUUCUGAUAGUGAGGAGGAGAUGCAGAAGGUUAAGCAGGAGGAAAAACUAUCCCGACUAUAG